CAAAACUUCUUCAUUGUCCUUGCAGCUUGCAUGCUGGCCUGCGGCGGUCCUAAAGCCUAAGGCGGCCGCCAUUAUGGACUAUGAAGGCCAGCGACUGUCGGAGCAGAUCAUGCAAUGGCUGAUCAUUGUUGCCGCAGUCAUAGGGUUCUUAGCUGGUUACAUCACAUCCUCAUACCGUCUGAUGCUGGAAAUCUACACUGGAGGGAUGGUUCUGGCCUUCUUGCUGGCUGUACCAGACUGGCCGUACUUCAAUUGGCACAAGUUAUCGUGGCUUCCUGAGCAGCCUCCCAGUGAAGAUGAAGCAGCGGCUUCCUCUUCAACAUUGGCUGUGCAAAAGUCGAAACAAGGAAAACGAAGUUCCAAAGGCAAGCGCUAGAAAAUCUUACCUAGAGAUCAGGUGCAGCAGUGAGUUGGGUUACAAGGAUGUUGUUGUCAAGGACAUCAACAGUCUUAGCAAAGCAGGCUCCCUUGAUUCCGAGUGGUCUCGGAUGCGGGCUUCAAACCCGUAGCGGCCUAGCGGCCGAGCUGUUCGAUUCAGCCUAGGGAGCGGACUUGGUGCGCGUAAGUUUGACCAAAAAUGGAGCUAAUGUGUAGAUUGGUAGUCAAUGUUCUUCCAUACAAGCUCCUUCCCGAACAGCAGUAACUAGUACUGAUCCCAGGUUUGAGUUUUCAGAGUGGCCCUCCCCGUUUGAGCCUCUUCUUUGGCAAAAGGGGAAAGUUUUGUGCUUCUGCUCAAAAAAUGAAGAGGCUCGUCGCUGGCAAUUACAAGACGUUUGCAACACUCCGAAUUUGUUCCUCGUCUACAUUCUUACAGCAAUCUGAACUGC